GAAGGUAGAUUGUCCGGAGAAAUCUGAUUUUACUAGCUAGAGGGGUGAACAAGUAAGACGUCAAAAUCAGUUGACGCUGACAUGUUACCGCCCUUGUUCACUGGAGUGAAAGCGAAAGUGUAAUCAACUCCCGUGCAAAAGAAGAAGCGCGGAUUCUUUUGCUUCUACCCAACCAAAUCCUUGGGCAAAAUAAGUUUGUUGUGCUACUCUAUUUUUCACUCUUCGGACAAAUCACUUCUCCAGAUCUCCUCUCUCUUUUUCUCUCUCCGUCGGCUUCCAUUGUCGUCUCAUUUCCUUGUCGUCAAGCGCUGCUUUUCUUCUUCUGGAUCUGAUUACUUCUAUAACUUGGAUUUCCAGAAAAGCUAGAACCAGUUUAGCAUUUUCAUGUAAGUGAUAUUCAAGUGUUUAGCUUUUUCCUAUUCCUUUCUUUCAUUUGUUUUUCUAAUGUCAUCAAGAUCUGAUUAGUUAUUGCUAGUUGGUUUUCAAAAAUAAACAAAACCCGUGAAGAAAUCAGAUUAGUUUUCAUUCUUUAUUAUUAAAGUUGGUGUUUUGUUGGUUUAUCGUGAGAUCUGAUUAGUUUUUGCAUUUGAACUUUCAAAAAUAAGAGAAAUCCCAUGAAGGAAUUCGAGUUAAGCACUGAGCCAAUUGGACAAAAUCUGAUAAAACUGAUAAGUAAUCUAUGUUUCUCAGUUUUUGUGUUUUCAGUGUUAAUAUUCACAAUUAUUGCCAUUACCUACCAACCCCCAGAUCCAUGGCUGGAGUCAGCUCCAGCCUUAACCAAACUCUUCACUCAAACUGAAAAUGCCACUUUCAAAAAUGACAAUUCUAUCCUCAAAACUGGUGAGGAUUUACUUGCUGUGCCAGCUCCAGCCGUGCCCCCUGCUUUGGCACUCAAUCCCAUCACUGAAGCUGUGAUCGAGAAGUCUGAAGAGAAAAUCUCGAAUCUGAGUCUAAAAUCAGAUUGUGAGGAGGUCAAGGUUGUGAAUUGUUCGGAUCCACGUGUUUUACUUACAGUUGAGAAAUUCAAUUUGAAGACUUUCAAGUCGAUUGUGUUUUUGGAGUAUCAAACUCCAGUCAAUGGGACGAAACCAGACGAGUGUGAUGUGGGUUGGAGGUUUAGGAACAAGAAAGAAAAGUCGUGGAGAAAGUACAGGGAUUUUAGAAGGUUCAAGUUUGGGAUCGGAGAGAAUUGUACCUAUAAAGUGGUACACGCAAGUGGCUGGCAUUCGGGCAUUAACAUUCGGAGGCCUAGGAAUAGACAUAACACCACAAGUAUUGGUGGGAAUCCCAAGCUUGCUCCGCCUAUACGUGAUGAAGAGAUAAAUGAUACUAUUCCAACUUUGGGUUCCGAAAUGAACUUUAGAAAAGGGAAGUAUUUGUAUUAUGCACGGGGUGGAGACUACUGCAAGGGAAUGAAUCAUUACUUGUGGAGUUUCUUGUGUGGUUUAGGGGAGGCUAUGUAUUUGAAUCGAACAUUUGUGAUGGAUUUGAGCAUAUGCUUAUCUGCAACUUAUAAUCCAAGCAAUAGGGAUGAGGAGGGAAAAGAUUUUCGGUUUUAUUUUGAUUUUGAGCAUCUUAAGGAGGUUGCAUCCGUGGUGGAGGAGAGUGAGUUCUUGAGAGAUUGGAAGAAAUGGGAUAAAGGUCAUAAAAGAAAAGUGCCAGUCAAGAAGGUAGCAACCUAUAAAGUCACACCAUUGCAACUUAAGAAAGAUAAGAGCACAAUCAUUUGGAGGCAGUUUGAUGCUCCAGAGCCUGAAAAUUAUUGGUACAGGGUAUGUGAGGGGCAGACAGCUAAGUACAUUAAGAGGCCAUGGCAUGCUUUAUGGAAAUCAAAGAGAUUGAUGAAUAUAGUGACUGAGAUCAGUGGCCAAAUGGACUGGGAUUUUGAUGCUCUGCAUGUGGUUCGAGGGGAAAAAGCACAGAAUAAAGAACUCUGGCCACACUUGGAUUCUGAUACAUCGCCUGAUGCUCUUCUUAUGAAGCUUAAGGAAAUGGUUCAGCCUUGGAGGAAUCUGUACAUAGCAACGAGUGAGCUGUUCUAUAAUUACUUUGAUAAGUUGAGGUCCCAAUACAAGGUCCAUUUGCUGGAUGAUUACAAGGAGUUAUGGAGUAACACGAGUGAGUGGUACAAUGAGACAACGGUGCUGAAUCAUGGUAAACCAGUUGAGUUUGAUGGAUACAUGAGAGUUGCUGUAGAUACUGAGGUACUUUACAGGGCGAAGACACGUGUUGAAACCUUUUAUAAUUUAACCAAAGAUUGCAAGGAUGGAAUUAAUACAUGCUGAACAGGUUGGGAGCUGCCCCUUUCUGUUUUCUCUUAAAUUGAUUCACAUUUCUUUUUGUGUCUUUAACACUCUUGAUUCUAUGCCAAAAUGUAAUUGUUGAGAUUAAUUCAGCCUUGCUGUGUUUGCUUAUUAUUAUUAUUAUCAUUGCUGCCAAUUUCUAUUCAUUAUCGCUGCCCUUUCUUUAUAGCAGAAUGUUGAAAUUGUAGACAAGUUUAUUCUGUCCUGAUGCUGUUAUUUUUUUUCUCUCUUUUUGUAAAUGAAUAAUAUUCUUGUGUUUUGUAGCUUGUAUGGCAAGAGCGAACAACGUCUAGAUGCUUGAAUGACCAAUUCAAAUUCAUAGGAUAUGAUGCUAAAAUUUCUUACACAUACCAUUUGCAUGCAUUAUCAUAUCGUUCACUCUCUUAAUUAGGUUUUUUUUAAUAUGACCAAGGGUAUCCUCAGGCUUUUUGUGGGCUUAAUCUUCGUUGUCUACAUUAGGCAUU